CUGAACUUCAAAACAACAGUAUUUUGGCGUCUCUUUUGUAYAGUACCUUGCACGUUGAAAGUUUGCAAGAACAGCUGGUUUUCUGUAAAAUUGUUAACGUAAUAUUACUUUUCAAAGUCUGAACCAUAUUUCUAAGGAUAAAAUCUGAAGUGUUGAACAGGAUUCACACCGAAAAUGGCCUCGGUUCUUCCUCCGAUGUGUGGUAAGCUUACAUGUACAUCUAACAACACAGUCGAUCAACAUUCACAAAAGCAAAWCCAUGGCAAGAGAUUGACAAUGGUUGAAAGAGCAAGACUUGAGGCUCUGGCAGCAUUUGGAAAUGAAGGUUUUGACUCCUUGUCUAUGAAAAAAGAUGACUUCCAUGCCAAACUGCAGUCAUCAGUGACCAAGACUACCAGUACAAAUCAAUCAAGAGCUUUAACAAGGCUUGAAAGAGCAAAAAUGGAAGCAAAUUCUGCCUUCAAAAACGUCAAACUGGGACAAAUGAUACCAAAUCGAAAUAAAAGAAAACUUCAAGAUAGUGACUCUCAAAAUCAAGUUCCUAAGAAAAAGAUCCUGACUCGCCURCAGAAGGCCAAGGUUGAAGUUGAUAAGGCGUUUGAGAAUGUCUCUCUCUCCACAAUUCCCAAAAAGAGAAGUAGRCUGGAGGAAGAAAAGAUUAUAAGCAAUUACAAAGGCAAAACAGAAAGAAAGAAGGCAGAGAACCAUUGUGUAUCCAAUACAUUGCCAGUUUCUACAAGAAGAAUAACCAGAUCAGAGAGUGCAAAASUUGUAGCUKUCAAAUCUUCAAAAGGCAGUGAGCUAGAAAGGCUCCCAUUAUCUGACAGCAACAAACAAUCUGUUUCAUCAGAUACAAAAAAGGAGUURUUAGAGCCAAAAAAUGACACAGAAGUAGAAGAAAGAAAUCUGAACAGAAUUGAAAAAGCAAAGCUGGAAGCAAUUGAAAGCUUCAAAGGAGAGCAUUUUGAAGAGAUUUGCAAAGAAUCCAAGAAAAUUGUUGCAAAAUAUCUCAACCCRAAGCUCUCAAAACAGUCUGAACCUGAACCAUCAUCCAAGACAAAAGAAACCUACUUGAGCACUACUUUGAUCGAGUCACAUAAAAAGCAAGUUACACCUGCCUAUUCAGCACAAAUGUUGCACAGAAAAAAAGACCCAGCAGUCACCUCAUCUCAAACACUUGACAAAGAAGAAAUAUUGCAAUCCACAAAACAGGAAUGCAUGGCUACUCCAUUACAAGCAAGAAGUAACAASCAAMCUACAUGUGGACAAGCUUACUCAAAGUUAUCUAGUAAGCUUAAUGCAGGAAGUAYRUGGGUUACCYCAUCUWCAUCCCACCGAGAAAGCUACAUGCAGCCCAACAUUGAUUUGUACUCCAGUAUUAAGGGCGAUGAGAACUUUAACGACCACACAGUUCUUUUGGAGACAAGUAAAAGGGUGGUCGAAACAGCAGUAAGUCUUGAAACACCCRAGGGAUCACCAAUGUUAAAUAUAAAGUGAAAAAGAACUUUGAAACAAUAUUGAUACUUGGUACAUGUAAAAAUACACAGUGAUUGGUUCUUGAAAACUCAUGCAAUGAAAAUAACUACCUAAUAAAUCUCAACAUUUUCAACGUGUCAUCUUGAAGGUAGCUUUUCCUUUGUUAAAAUAAAAGAACACCUUUUCACCGAGCUAUAAACAUUUACCAUAAUGGCUGCAUUUGUGCUUUUCCAAAAUAAGAUAGAUAUCAAUAUUUUGUCACUGUAUCAUCAAAGAACUAUCAGAAAUAAACGUUUUUGGAACGUUAAUGUAGAACUCUGGACAAAAUAGGAAAAAAGUUGCGGUGAAAUGAAAAUAUAAAGAAA